CAUGAGCUCGAUUAGAGUAAUAGUUUGUGCCAUGGCGUUCGUUUUGGCGUGCUUGGCGGCCAUGCCGCUUGCAUCCGUUACCUCGGACGACGACGGAGGGAUACUGCAUAUCCCGACCACUGCGUCCAUAGCUCACUGCCCCUCCAGCUGCGGGGACGUCAACAUCUCCUACCCGUUCGGCAUCGGGGCCGGCUGCUUCCGACAAGGUUUCCAGUUCGAGCUUACCUGCAACCACACCACUCAACCUCCAAAGUUGUUUCUGGGUAACAGCAAAACUCAGGUUACUGACAUGUUUGGUUCUUCGGUUUUGGUCUCAGCUAUGUUCUUUAACAGUAGCUUUGAAGAAUCUGUUACGAACACCUAUAAUAUAUCUUGGGAUGCCCCCGCUAAGGGUAUUACUAUCGUCAAUUAUAACGCUUUCUUCUUCCUUGGCUGUGAUUUCGAUGUUGACUUAUUCGAUUAUGUAAGGAACCCUAUCGGCUCCUGCAUGAGCAGGUGCCAUGGCAAGGUAUUGCCGAAUCAAGGGCCUUGCAAUGGGUUUGGUUGUUGUUCCAUCAUUCUACAAAACAGCAUCUCAGGCUUUCAGGGAACAAUUGCUCGAGCCGGUAAUAUGUCAGCACAGUACCCUGGCAUCAUGGCUUUCAUGUCUGGACAAUAUGACGUGGAGAAUGCGACUGAUCUUUUCUCAAGUUGGACAAAUGCAAGCGACAUUUAUGGUGCUAUACUUGAGGUUGCCAUCAUGGACCAACCAAGCUGCAAAAGCGCACAAAUGAACAACGCAAGUUAUGCUUGUGGUGGCACCGACAGCGUUUGUAGAAAUGCAUUACAAGGAGGUUACACCUGCCACUGCUCCAACUACAAUUAUUAUUAUGGCACUACCAAUAAUCCUUACCUUUCGGAAGGAUGCAGGCAAGAUUAUUACAACACUAAGCCUAAAGAGCAUUGCCAGAGGUCAUGUGGAAACAUGACCAUUCCCUUCCCUUUCGGGCUCGAAGAAGAUUGUUAUGGAAACGAAAGCUUCCAGCUUAAUUGUACAACAGCUAACACUACGCUUUUCAGCUCAGGACGUGCACAAUAUCGCGUGCUUAAUGUGUCAGUUGAAGAUGGGACUCUGAUUGUAAGCAACAUACUAAACAACAAUGCAAGCUCCAUGGAAGAAGUGAUAAUAGUUAAUACCGACAAGCAAGGAUAUACUGACUUCGAAGGCCCUGUGGAAGAUCGAUUUGAUUUUUCUAUGGAAUAUGACAUUGUUAUAAGAUGGGCAAUAACAAAUUCAACUUGCCAGCAAGCUAAGCAGAAUAAUAGCAACUAUGCAUGCCGUAGCAUAAACAGUUCUUGCCUAAACGUAACCCAUGGGAACAUAUUUAUGGGGUAUCGUUGCAAUUGUUCUUCUGGAUUCCAAGGAAAUCCGUACAUACAGGACGGCUGCAAAGAUAUUGAUGAAUGCUUACUGCCAAACUACUGCAAUGGUAUAUGUGAAAAUAUUCCUGGAAGCUAUAAAUGCACGCUAUGUCCUCACAAUAAAGAAUAUGAUUCUAUUAAGGGGCGGUGUGUCAUAUCCACUAAGCAACGGAAUCUUCUUAUGGGUAUUGCAAUUGGAACUGGUUGUGGCCUUGGCUCUAUACUUAUUGCAUUGGGUGCAAUUCUACUUGUCAAUAAGUGGAAGAAAGGCAUCCAAAAUAGAAUCCGACGAGCAUACUUCAAGAAAAAUCAAGGUUUGCUAUUGGAGCAACUGAUCUCAGAUGAAAGCGCUACAAGCAAAACAAAGAUAUUCUCAUUGGAGGAACUAGAGGAGGCGACUAACAACUUUGAUGCUACUCGUGUUCUUGGUCGUGGAGGACAUGGAACAGUUUAUAAAGGGAUUCUAUCAGACCAACGUGUGGUGGCCAUAAAAAAAUCCAAAAUAGUUGAGCAAAUAGAGAUAGACCAAUUUAUCAAUGAGGUGGUCAUUUUAUCUCAAAUCAUUCACCGUAAUGUGGUGAAACUAUUUGGUUGCUGCCUAGAAGAUGAGGUUCCCUUGCUUGUCUAUGAGUUCAUUUCAAAUGGAACUCUAUAUGAACUUCUUCAUACAGACACCACAGUAAAAUGCUUGCUUUCAUGGGAUGAUCGCAUUAGGAUUGCAGUGGAAGCAGCAGGGGCUCUAGCUUAUCUACACUCAGCAGCUACAAUACCAAUUUUUCACAGAGAUGUAAAGUCUUCAAAUAUACUACUGGAUGGCAACUUCACCACAAAGGUUUCAGAUUUUGGUGCUUCAAGAUCUCUUUCACUUGAUGAGACCCAUGUGGUGACAAUUGUUCAAGGAACAUUCGGUUACCUGGAUCCAGAGUAUUAUCAUACCGGUCAACUAACGGAGAAGAGUGAUGUAUACAGUUUUGGAGUAAUACUUGUGGAACUUUUGACAAGGAAGAAGCCAAUUUUUAUUAAUGAUUUAGGUGCAAAGCAAAGCUUGUCCCAUUUCUUCAUUGAAGGACUUCACCAAGGGUCUCUUAUUGAAAUAAUGGAUACUCAAGUUGUGGGAGAAGCAGACCAGGAAGAGAUUAGUGAAAUUGCCUUACUUACAGAAGCAUGCUUAAGGGUAAAAGGAGGAGAGCGACCAACUAUGAAAGAAGUAGACAUGAGGUUACAAUUCUUAAGAACAAAGAGGCUGAGAAAAAUACAUCAUUUACCUCAAAAGGAUGGAGAUAUUGAACCUUUGUUGUAUGGAAAAUCCAAGAACUCACUUGAACAUAUCGAUCUUAUUAAUGCUGCACAUAUACCACCUCAAGAGACCUCGAGAUGCUACAGUUUGGAGCAAGAAUUUGUAUCUUCGUUCAAGCGACGCUAACUACAUUCGGGCAAGAUUAUAGAGGGCUUGCUUAUAUACUGCUACAUUUGAGAUAUCAUCUAUUUAGAAGUUACAUUUAAUUUCGUUUUAUGUGUAAUAUGCACAAUGUAUUGUAGAGCAGAUGGCUUGUAUCAUGCUAUAUGAUGGCUUGUAUCCUUUUACAUAUUUCUGUAGAUGCGUAUAGGGUAUAACAUCAAGUCCAUGUAUUAAAGAUAAGGUUCUAUAAGAACAAAGUUGUGGUUGUAGAAAAGUAUAUUGAUUAUUUGUUUGGCUCAA